AUGACAUCAAUAGAUUCUAAUGAAAUCUUGCCAUUCAUUCAAUUUAACGGUCAAACAUCACGUGAACGUGGUUAUGAACAUGGAACAAUCUUGUCCGAGCGCAUCGAUAGAUCUAUAAAGAUCUAUCGUGAACAAUUUUCUCAACAAAACAAUUUUAACGAAAAAUAUAUUUUACAGCUAUGUGAACAGUAUCGUCGAGGUAUAUCACUAUUUUCGAGUGACUAUCUAGAGGAACUUGAUUCAAUAGCGAUUUCAUCAAAGCAAGAUCCAUUAUGGAUUAUUGCAUUAAAUAGUCGUUUAGAAAUCUUAAAUCAUUUAGCAUUUGGUAUACAAAAUGAAUGUACAGUCUUAUAUGAUAAACAAACAUGUCGAUUAGCUGAAAAUUGGGAUUGGCUACAACAUUUUGAACAUCUAGCAUUUAUUAAUUAUAUAAAAUCAAACGAAAUAUUACAAAUGACUGAACCUGGUGUUCUAGGAAAAAUUGGUUUCAAUUCAUAUGGCAUUGGAGUUACUCUUAAUUUUGUUGAUUCAUCAGCUCAAUCAGCAAAUCCUUUAAAUAUACCUUUAAAUAUCACAUUAAGAACUGUACUCGAUCAAGCAAAAACUUUCCAACAAGCAUUAAAUAUAUUUGAACAAAAUGGACCAGGUUUCGGUGGACACGUUCUUGUUGGUGACGAUAAAAGUCAAUGCUGUUGUGUAGAGCUUCCAGGUGAUAAAGUUCAUUUUAUUCAUGAUCAUCCGUAUCAUACCAAUCAUUUUUUAUAUACUACGAAUAAUGAUCAUAUUAAAGAUAAGGCACGUUAUCAAAAUUCACUAGAUCGUUAUGAACGAGUUAAAAAACUGUGGACAAAUAAGAACUCAUUAGAAUCAAUUUUGUUUGAUCAUAAUGAUACUCAAAGAUAUCCAAUUUGUCGAUCAUAUAAACCAACAAGAUUAGGUCAUAUUGGAACAGUUUGUUCAUUAAUUAUGAAUUUAAAAGAGAGAACAAUGAAUAUUACUAAAGGAAAUCCCAUACAGUAUCCAAAAUUUCAUCAAUUCAAAUUAGAGCAAGAAAAAGACUCAAAUUAA